AUGCGGGAGGAUGUCUUUCGUUUUGACACGACAGGCCCCAAAGGCUUGGGGCCGACCGAGUCCGAGUUCGCAAGACUCCGCAAGACUGCAAUUGCGAGGGCCUUCCGUCGCAAGGCGGGGCUGGUUUGCCAUGACGCACAGUUCGUGGCAUGUCCGGCCCAGGCAAACAUUGGUGGCUUCGCGCUUCCACUGUCCAAGCACGUUGGCCCUGAUGGCCAGGUCCACGCCUUCGAGCCUUUUCGGAACAUCUUUCAGGUGUUGACCGCAAAUUGCGCCAUCAAUGGCCUGCUCAGCUGCUUUACCUACCACAAUGCCUUAGGAAACGCAACCGAGCAGCGCCGCCGGCCAAUGCCUGGCCUUGGUGCAGUGGGCAAUCCGUCAAAGUCCUUCGUUGUGGACGAAAUCGCGUCAGAGCUGCUCGUCCACCACGAUAGCCUGGGGCGGAGCGAGACGGUCAGCGUAGUCCGUCUGGACGACAAGCUGAAACUGGACAGACUGGAUGUCAUGAAGAUCGAUGUCGAAAGCGGCGAGUAUGAUAUGCUGCUCGGAGCUGGUGCGACUAUCCGUGCUCACCAGCCCCUUAUCUACGUUGAGGAUUCAGAAUCCGACAAGCCGCCGCCGACUCGAGUGAUGCGACUCCUCUCAGAUUUGCACUCGUACUGGUGUGCUGACCCGAAGGAGUUCGGCCUUCAGUUAAUGACGUCCACGCUGUGUGUGCCACAACGGAUGGUUGGCGAGAUCCGGGACCGCAUCCGCAAGAUCCAAUGGACGGGCCCUCCGCGAUGA